AUGGCCUUGAAACCUGCUGAUACACAUCAACGUUUUACAGAUGUUCAGUAUGAACCAAAUAAACUACUUUUACCAGUGAGUGGAUACCAAAAUACACCAUUAGUCUCACUUGAACAAGCAAUUGAACCUGUAAAAGAUUUAAUUGAUGAAGACGUUAGUACAAAGGUCUACAUUGCUAAACGUAAUUGCAAAACACCCAAAGAUGGUCUAACACAGGAUGAAAGUGCCAGUAUACAACUGUAUACAAUGGAAUGUGACGAACAUGAACAAAGUUUGUAUUAUGUACUAAACAAAACACUUCGAAUGGAGGACAGAAAGAAGCUGACAGUAUGGUUUUACUAUUUGAAAUUGUUAUUAACAGCAUUAUGGAAAUUACCAUGUGAAAAGAAGAUCAUAUAUCGUGGUGUUAAUGGAAAUUCAAGUGAGAAUUUUAAUUUUGGUGAUGAUGUCGCUUGGUGGGGUUUUAGUUCAUGUACAGAAUCAUUGAACGUACUAGAAGCAGAAGAAUUUUUGGGUAAGAGUGGUGUCAGAACACUAUUUAACAUUGAGUGUUGCAAUGGGAAAGUGAUUCGUAAUCAUUCGUUUUACAAAGCAGAGGAUGAAGUUUUACUAAUGCCCGCUACACAGAUGGUCGUGGUAGGAAAAGUUUCGCCAGCACCAGGUCUCUACAUUAUUCAAAUGAGAGAACUGGAAAACCCAACUGUAAUUCUUCUGAAACCACCAUUUUCUAAAGAAACAGGCACACCCAUUCAUAAAAGUUUUCAACCGAAGUUGAGUGUGACGGAGCCAAAAGCGCAAGCAGCAUCUGACGCAGAAAAAGCUAAAAAAGACAGAACAGAUGACAAACAAACAUCAACACACUAUAAGCCGAAACAAGAAGAUGCCGUUAUAGUGGAAACAAAAGAAAUAUCAAAACAAGCAAAAGAACUUGUAACAAAGUUAAAAUUAAAUAUGACAGGCCCGUAUCUCUAUUUAAAUCACUUUGAAAAUUUAUCGAUCAAAGAUGCGCAGGCUAUUGCAGACGGUAUUAGAGUAACUACAAGCGCUCAACACAUGUAUUGGAUGAAACCAAACAAAUUGUCACGUGAAAGUAUGGUAUGUGUACUUGAAGCAUUAAAAAUAAAUCAUUCGAUUGUUUCACUAACGAUGAGCGGAGGUGAAAUACCUGACUGGUUAGAGAUCAUAUUAGAAAUUUUACUAGUGAAUAAAACGUUAAAGCAUCUAAGCAUUAUAGAAGGAGCAAUAAAAAAUGAUAAUCAGGUGAAACUAAUAGCUAAUGCGUUGAAAGAAAAGAAAAUAUUAACUAACCUAGAUCUAGAAAAAAAUCAAAUCUCGGACGAAGGAAUUGGUUAUCUUAGCGAACUGUUAAACGUAAACAAAAGAUUAAAAGUAGUGCUCUGA